GAAGACCUAAAACAGAUGUUGGAGAGCAACAAAGAUUCUGCUAAAUUGGAUGCUAUGAAACGGAUUGUUGGGAUGAUUGCAAAAGGGAAAAAUGCUUCUGAACUGUUUCCUGCUGUUGUGAAGAAUGUAGCCAGUAAAAAUAUUGAGAUCAAGAAGUUGGUAUAUGUUUACCUGGUCCGAUAUGCUGAAGAACAGCAGGAUCUGGCGCUCUUGUCCAUAAGCACUUUUCAGCGAGCUCUGAAGGAUCCAAACCAACUAAUCCGUGCAAGUGCUUUGAGAGUUCUGUCAAGUAUUAGAGUGCCAAUUAUUGUACCUAUCAUGAUGCUUGCUAUUAAGGAGGCUUCUGCUGACUUAUCACCAUAUGUUAGGAAGAAUGCAGCCCAUGCAAUACAAAAAUUGUACAGUCUUGAUCCAGACCAGAAGGAAAUGUUAAUUGAAGUAAUCGAAAAACUUCUGAAAGACAAAAGCACAUUGGUAGCUGGCAGUGUUGUGAUGGCUUUCGAAGAAGUAUGCCCAGAUAGAAUAGAUCUGAUUCACAAGAAUUAUCGCAAGCUAUGUAACUUACUUGUUGAUGUAGAAGAGUGGGGGCAGGUUGUCAUCAUCCACAUGCUAACUCGAUAUGCUCGUACACAGUUUGUCAGUCCUUGGAAAGAGGAUGAUGGUCUAGAAGACAAUGAAAAGAAUUUCUAUGAAUCUGAUGAUGAACAGAAGGAAAAGACUGACCAAAAGAAGAAGCCAUAUACUAUGGAUCCAGACCAUAGACUCUUAAUUAGAAACACAAAGCCUUUGCUACAGAGCAGGAAUGCAGCGGUGGUUAUGGCAGUUGCUCAGCUGUAUUGGCACAUAUCACCAAAAUCUGAAGCUGGCAUUAUUUCUAAAUCACUAGUGCGUUUACUUCGUAGCAAUAGGGAAGUGCAGUAUAUUGUCCUACAAAAUAUAGCAACUAUGUCAAUUCAGAGAAAGGGCCUGUUUGAACCUUAUCUGAAGAGUUUUUACGUUAGAUCAACUGAUCCAACUAUGAUCAAGACACUGAAGCUUGAAAUUUUGACAAACUUGGCAAAUGAAGCCAAUAUAUCAACGCUUCUUCGAGAAUUUCAGACGUAUGUUAAAAGCCAAGAUAAACAAUUUGCAGCAGCCACUAUUCAGACUAUAGGCAGAUGUGCAACCAACAUCUCAGAAGUCACUGACACAUGCCUCAAUGGCCUAGUCUGUUUGCUGUCCAACAGGGAUGAAAUAGUAGUUGCUGAAAGUGUGGUUGUUAUAAAGAAGUUACUGCAAAUGCAACCUGUACAACAUGGCGAAAUUAUUAAACAUAUGGCCAAACUCUUGGACAGUAUCACUGUUCCCGUGGCUAGAGCAAGUAUUCUUUGGCUAAUUGGAGAAAACUGUGAACGAGUUCCUGUAAUUGCUCCUGAUGUUUUGAGGAAGAUGGCUAAAAGCUUCACUAAUGAAGAUGAUUUGGUAAAACUGCAGAUUUUAAAUCUGGCAGCAAAGUUGUAUUUAACCAACUCCAAACAGACAAAAUUGCUUACCCAGUACAUAUUAAAUCUCGGCAAGUAUGAUCAAAACUACGACAUCAGAGACCGUACAAGAUUUAUUAGGCAGCUUAUUGUUCCAAACGAGAAGAGUGGAGCUUUAAGUAAAUAUGCCAAAAAAAUAUUCCUAGCACAAAAACCUGCACCACUGCUUGAGUCUCCUUUUAAAGAUAGGGAUCAUUUCCAGCUUGGCACUUUAUCUCAUACUCUCAACACUAAAGCUACUGGGUACCUGGAAUUAUCUAAUUGGCCAGAGGUGGCACCCGACCCAUCAGUACGAGAUGUAGAAGUAGUAGAGUUGGCAAAAGAAUUGAUCCCAGCAGGAAAAGCAAAGAAAGAGAAUCCUGCUAAGAAAUUUUAUUCUGAAUCUGAGGAGGAGGAAGAAUCUUCUGAUAGCAGCAGUGACAGUGAGAGUGAAUCUGGAAGUGAAAGUGGAGAGGAAGGAGACAGUAGUGAGGACAGCAGUGAGGACUCCUCCAGUGAGCAGGACAGUGAGAGUGGAAGUGAGUCAAAAGGAGAAAACAAAAGAACAGCCAAGAGGAACUCGAAAAUCAAAGAAGAAAGUGAUUCUGAAGAUGGGGAGAAGGAAAAUGAAAAAUCUAAAACUUCCAAUUCUUCCAAUGCUGAAUCUAGUUCAAUAGAAGAAAGUUCUUCAGAUUCUGAAUCAGAAUCAGAAUCAGAAUCUGAAAUUGAAUCUGAAUCCAGAAAAGUCACUAAGGAGAGAGAGAAAAAAACAAAGCAAGAUAGAAAUCCUCUUGCCAAAGAUAUUUCACUUCUAGAUCUAGAUGAUUUUAACCCAGUAUCCACUCCGGUUGCACUUCCCACACCAGCUCUUUCUCCAAGCUUGAUAGCUGAUCUUGAAGGCUUAAACUUGUCAACUUCUUCAUCAGUCAUUAGCGUCAGUACUCCUGUCUUUGUACCAAUGAAAACACAUGUGCUGCUUCAUCGAAUGAGUGGAAAAGGACUAGCUGCCCAUUAUUUCUUUCCAAGACAGCCCUGCAUUUUUGGUGAUAAGAUGGUCUCUGUACAAAUAACGUUGAAUAAUACCACUGAUCAAAAGAUAGCAAAUAUCCACAUAGGGGAAAAAAAACUUCCUAUAGGCAUGCAAAUACAUGUUUUUAAUCCAAUAGAGUCUCUUGAGCCUGAGGGAUCCAUUACUGUUUCAAUGGGUAUUGACUUUUGUGAUUCUACUCAGACUGCCAGUUUCCAGUUGUGUACCAAGGAUGAUUGCUUCAAUGUUAAUAUUCAGCCACCUGUUGGAGAACUGCUUUUACCUGUGGCCAUGUCAGAGAAAGAUUUUAAGAAAGAGCAAGGAAUGCUAACAGGAAUGAAUGAAACAUCUACAGUGAUCAUUACUGCACCACAGAAUUUCACUCCCUCUGUGAUCCUUCAGAAGGUUGUAAAUGUAGCCAACGUAGGUGUAGUCCCUUCUGGCCAAGAUAAUAUACAUAGGUUUGCAGCUAAAACUGUGCACAGUGGGUCAUUGAUGCUACUCACAGUGGAGCUGAAGGAAGGCUCGACAGCCCAGCUUAUCAUAAACACUGAGAAAACUGUGAUUGGUUCUGUUCUGCUGCGGGAGCUGAAGCCUGUCCUGUCCCAGGGGUAACCUGCUUACAUCUGGACUUCGGAAUCUGGCACACAACAAAAGUGCCUGGCAUCCACUACUGCUGCCUUUCAUUUAUAAUAAUAGCUCUUCCAUCUGGCAGUGGGGGAAGAAUACACUCUUGACAUUCUUGUCUCCUGCUUUAGAAUGCUAGUGUGUAUCUAUCACGUGUGCAAUACUUUCCCCCUUUUCGCUUUGCUAACCAAAGAACAUAUAUUUUACUGUCAGUUAUCUCAACUCUUGAAUCCAUGUGGCAUUUUCUCUGUCCUGCUACUUCUUUUGGCCUUCUCGUCUUUCUUCUCUUUUUUGGCAAUGAUGGGCAUGAAUUGGAUAUUUAAGGUUCAUUGGAAAUCAUCUUCCCUUCAGCAGUAAGCCAAAAUUAGCAAAGAAAUAGUCUAAAUGGCCUCUCAGCUUGGUAUGUGAAAAUGAGAUAGCAUACUUUUUAGAAUCAAAUGCAAAAACAUGGUCUCUGCAAAAUUUUGUUCUUUGAAUUUCCUAGUAUUGUAAUUGUUUAUUUACAACUGUCACCAUGCAAUUAUCUCUGAAUAAUAAGAUAAAUAAACUAGCAUAUGAAUAGCA